UACUAAUAAAAAGUUACACAGUUGUUGAACUACUGAUAAACAUCGAAGACUACUAAUAAAAAUAUUUUUGACAUAAGCCUUGUACAACAGUGUUUUAGGUUGUAUGAGAAUUUACACUAGGCUUAAUCACUCUAUCGACCUUGUUUAGCAGAGAUAAAUCACAAGAUGGCCGAUUCCGUUGCAAUCUAAUCUGUGGUUGCAAUUUAGCUGCGUAUGUUUAUGUCAAUUUUUUUGCGAUUUUCAUUAAUUAUCAACGUUGUUCACAACGACUACAAAUUCGUCCACCAAGUCGUUUCACCGCAUCCGUCGACAGCCCAGCCUACUCCGCUGCGAUUACAUCUUCAAAAGGAUGGAUUACAUGCACUAUUUUAAUAUAAUUGAUAUGUGGGAUGAUGAUGAAGAUCAGAGUAAUCGAAAGGGCAAAAUGUAUAAAAAAAGGGCUGAUCCAUUUUUACUAGACGAUGCGGAAUUCAAGUAUAAAUAUAGGUUUAGCAAAGAAUACAUACUAAAAAUAGUGAAUUUCAUACGAAACGACAUCAUACAAGACCGCAGAGGAUGUGGUAUAUCACCUGAGCUGCAGGUGUUAGCAGCUCUGCGGACAUGGGCACGCCAAGAAGUGCAAGACGAUGCUGCUGACAUUCACGGUUUGAGUCAGCAAUCUAUCACUAACGUAUGUCGUCGUGUAGCCCUUGCAUUGGCAAAAAGAGCUAAGGAUUUUAUUUACAUGCCCCGAAAUCUGAGUGAGCAAGAAGAAGUUAUAACUGGAUUCCGUGAAAUAUGUGGUUUCCGGCACGCAAUAGGUGCCAUUGAUUGUACACACGUACGAAUAAAAAAAGUUGGUGGGCUAUCCAGCCAAUAUUACAUUAAUAGAAAAGGGUUUUACUCAUUGAAUAUCCAAGUGGUAUGCGAUGCCAAAUUGAAGAUAAGGGACAUUGUGGCAAGGUGGAGGGGUAGCACACACGACUCAAGAAUAUUUAAUGAGAGCACCAUCAAGGAGAGAUUCGAAAGGGGGGAAUUUUGUGGGCGGCUCAUUGGAGAUGCUGGAUAUGCCUUGACUCCUUUUUUAUUCACUCCAGUGAAUAACCCGCAGUCACAAGCUGAAGAAGCGUUCACGGUCAACUUGGAGAAUGCCAAGUUGUAUACUGUGGCAUUGGCAGUGCUGCAUAACAUUGCCAUAGACAUGGGCGAGGAAUUAGAGGACCUGGAGCUACCAGCGAGCAGACAAGUGCACCCAGUGACAAUCCCACAAGCAGGUUCAUCUGAACAUGUUCAGGGUCAGGCUGCCCGAAGAAAUUUUAUUAAUAGAUAUUUUUAAAUAAAACCAAUCAUCUAUGAAUAA